GUUUAGAAAAAGUGCUCAUAGUUGUUGCAUUUAAGGCAAUGGAAAUUACCUGUACAAUUCUACCUGUGGAACGUAAAGUUUCUUUGAAAGUAGAUUCUUGUCAGUAUAAUGAAGCUCAAGAAAAAAUAGCAACCCUCGUAGGUGUUCUCCCGCAAAGUCUUUCUCUCCUAGGUCGAAGUCCAGAACAUGGCUCCUUUUUCCCCCUUGGCAGCUUGUUUCAGGAUUCAGAAAUUUAUGCGUUAGUUAGAUGUCGAGGUGGCGUGAAAGGGGGGUUUAAGAAGCAAUUAGAAAAAAAAGGACGCGAAUUUGCGCGCGCUAAAAUAAAAGUUACCAAAAAAAAGUCAAAGCCUCACGAACCAAAAGAAAUUCGACCUCAGGAAGUAAAAGUAGAUAAACCAGCAAAUGAACCUCCGGAAAAUACUCAAAUCGAGUUGUAUAUCAGCUAUGCGCGUCGUUUAGUAAAUCAAGGCGUCACUAUAGCGUUGCAGAAAGCAAUUGAGAAGCAGUGAGCCUUCAAUUGAUAAUUUA